AUGACAAUAUUUUAUCGUGCACAUCUCAAUCUUUCAUGUAGAUAUAUUAUGGUUGGAUAUGAUCCGAAGAAAAAAGAUUUAACAAAUAAUCAAAUCUUAAUUGCGAGUUCGGCAUCAAGUGUGAUCGCACGUUUCCUUUUACAACCAGUUGAUGUGAUUAAAAUACGUUUUCAACUUCAAGUCGAACCUAUACGACAUGCCACUGGAUCAAAAUAUCAGACUAUAUUUCAAACGAUUCGAUUAAUUCAUUAUGAAGAAGGCACACGGGCUUUUUGGAAAGGCCAUUUAGCAGCACAAUUUCUUUCAAUAUCAUAUAAUUCAGCUCAAAUGUAUGCAUUCGAACGGCUAACCAAAGAAUUGGGCGAAAAUUUUCCUAACACAGUAUCAUCACCGAUAAUUAAAACAUUGACACAUUUUUUUAUUGGAUCAAUUGCUGCUAGUGUAGCUGUAUGCAGCUGUCAACCAAUGGACGUUUUACGAACAAGGUUUGUUGGACAGGGCGAACCAAAGAUCUAUCACUCUUAUCGUCAAGCAAUUGGUCUUAUCUGGACUCGCGAUGGUCUACAUGGAUUCUAUCGUGGUUUGAAUCCAGCUAUAAUUCUUUAUGCACCUGUUUCAGCACUUACAUUUGGAUUCUAUGAAUUAUUCAAUCGAGCAUGGGACCAUUUGCCGCUUGAAAACUUUGAUUCUAUGAAACAUGCAUUUAAUGGUGGUGCUGCUGGUGUCCUAGCGAAAUUCGUUGUCUACCCAUUUGAUUUAAUUAAAAAACGACUUGAAGUUGUAAGCUUCGAAGAAGCACGAUCGAAAUUCGGACAGACACGUGUUUAUUCCGGUAUGCGUCAUUGCUUGUCUGAAAUCCUACGAACGGAAGGCUUUAGAGGAUUGUACAAAGGUAUUGCACCAAGUUUGAUCAAAGCUUAUCUAUCGACUGCUGUUACUUUAAGUAUUUACGAUGCUAUUUGUAAUCAUUUACGACUGGCACCGUCCGAUUAA